AUGAGGGCAGCUAGUUCAAUGAAAGAAUAGAGAGGAGAUCCUAAUCUAGAAAGAAGAGAUGGUUUAGAUAUAAGACGUGAAUCUCGCCAUGAAUCUAUUAAUGGUUAUAGUUCUCAUCAUCGAAGAGAGUCAUCUUACAAAACAGUUAAAUUGAGGGAAUCCAGAGUUAAAAGAGAAGAAUCGCUUAAAGGGGACUCUGUUAAAGAAGAGUAACCAUUGAAGAGUGCAUUAAAAAAGAAAGACUCAAACAGAUAGACCUAUAAUUGUCAGGAUGAUUCAUAAGAUGAUUGGAAAUUUAUUAAAGAGGCUAAAAAUAAUUUAGAAAAACAAAAAACUUAAUUAGAUGAUAAAUAGUCUCCUAAUAAAGUUAGAUUUGUUAAUUAAGAGAAGUCUUAAAAAAAAUAAUAAGAUAAAGUAGUAAAAUCAAAAUAUUUAAAUGAUAUUGACAUUUUUUUAAAAUGUAGAUAUUGA